UUGAUGUCAAAAGCGUAGCCAUUUUAGAAAAUCAAAACAGAGUGAAAAUUUCGGUACAUCUGUACGCGGUCCAGGAAAAAGUGUUUUCUUGCGUUAAGCGAUCGUGAGAACAUAGAAAACAUGUUUCAAUCGAAUGUAAAUUAAGAGCUUUACCAGCAAGCAUGUGGUUGAGGAGCGAAACCAGAGACCGGCGACUACGUUCGAGUGGUGCUCGAAUGACCGUAAAAAAUAAGAAGCAUGCAAAAGCUCAACAAAAAUUGAAACGAAUUCCUCCGGAUAUCGUGAUCGGCCAACGGCGAAGCUCUCAUCUUCCGUCGCCGGUAUCUGUCCGAUGUCGAGCUAUUAUAUCAUCUGUCGGGGCCACAAAUAACGCCACACGUACUUCUGCCCGGACCGGAACCAGGACCAGCCCGAAGCGGGCAGGGGGUAAUGUCAACAGAAAGGAUAACAAAACGUCGGUGAUGACAGCAACUGGCGAAUCAAUUCCCGAAGAUUGCAAAGAAAACUGCUGGCAGGAUAGCAAUGAUCUCACACUUUUCGAUUCCACCGUCAAUCUAAAGAAUCAGUAUGAAACUACCAAUCUGUAUUCGAAGAAAGCAGAUGAGAUUGGAUCGCCUGACGACUGUCUCAAUCAAUUUGGUGUAAUCAGUUACGAUUCGAAUAAAUCGACGACCGUCAUCUCGACUAGCAUCUUGAGUACUCCUCAGCCCGUUGAUUCAUUGAAAUCGAAAUGCAUAACUGAGUGUGAUAGCACUACGGAUGCAAUCCCGUGUGAUGGGAGUUAUCCAUCAACGUCCGGGUUUGGCAGUCGUCGUCCUAAAAAUCCACUUGAAUGCUCUUCUUCUCCACCACGUGAUGUGGUAGUACCGGAAGUAGAUUCUACAACCGAUACUAUCCCAGACACCACUAAUGAGUUAGAAUCAACAGCUACUAAAAUCAUCUCGGCGUUCCCAUUGUCGGCGUCUUCGUCAUCCUCCUCGUCGUCCUCAUCGUCAUCUUCAUCUUCCUCGUUAUCCUCUACUUUUCAACCCACGGCUUACAGCAGUUGUUCAUCCGUAUCUGGUGUGGAAGAACUGCCGGCCUCUAGCAGUUAUUCACCGAAUGCUACCGCAUCGGAUUUGAUCUCGAUGUUCGAUGAUGAACACUACAAAAGUACUGCAGAGCUUUGUCAAUAUACCGACUUUCCUUCUUACAAUACGUUGACACAAGCAUUACUUAGUUGUGAUGUCUCGAGCCUCAAUGUGGGUUGCACUCAGGUGCUUAACGAUAACAUGACGGUUGGAAUGAAUGAUUCUGGGUUUCUGUCGUCAAUCAAUCCAGCGACGAUUGAAAACUUGAAAGCUUUGACCAACUAUCAGACAAUGAGCGCCAUUGAUGAAGUCGGGCCAAGUUCCAGUGGGGUGUACCUAACGGAAAUUGGCGUUGUUAGGGAAUCCAUAAGCUUAAAUAGCCAUGACAUUGGCCCAUCGGAACCGGAAUCGUUGAUACAUAAUAUCGAAUGCAACGAGAGAAUUCCAAUGUGCGGCGACGAUACUGAGACUGGAAUUCAGUUGGAGUCCGAUGAGUGCAUGGAUGUUGAGGAUUCCAACGAUAGUCAGCAAAGGCAUAUGGCCUGGGAAACGUUUGAUCCAUACGUGUUCAUCAAACAUCUGCCUCCGUUGACAAACGAGAUGCGUUUUGAGUGCCCCGCACUGCCACUAAAAACUCGUUCUAGUCCGGAAUUUAGCCUCGUGCUUGAUUUGGACGAGACGCUCGUACACUGCAGCCUGGAUGAGUUGUCGGAUGCCAGCUUCAAGUUUCCGGUGCUAUUCCAGGAGCGCAAAUAUAUGGUAUUUGUGCGCACGCGACCUUUUUUCCGCGAAUUUCUCGAGAAGGUUUCACAGCUGUUUGAGGUGAUUUUGUUCACCGCGUCUAAGCGGGUCUACGCGGAUAAGUUACUCAAUCUGCUGGAUCCGGAGCGAAGACUUAUAAAGUACCGCUUAUUUCGCGAGCAUUGUGUAAUAGUCAAAGAUAACUAUAUCAAAGAUUUGACCAUUCUCGGGCGAGAUUUGUCCAAGACGAUUAUUAUCGACAACUCUCCACAGGCAUUUGGGUAUCAGCUUGAAAACGGAAUUCCCAUUGAAAGUUGGUAUAUGGAUAGAAAUGACUCAGAAUUGAUGAAAAUACUUCCCUUUUUGGAGCGGCUAGCUGAACUGAGACAAGAUGUUCGCCCUCACAUACGUGAGAAAUAUCGCCUGUUUUCGUACCUUCCACCGGACUAAGAUCCCCUGGAUCUACCAAUAUGUUGGUUUGUCUAAAUGACAAAAUGACGGCAUCAUCCAGGCGAGUGUUUUCUGUUAUUUUCAUCACACGAAGUAUAGCACUAAAUCGAUACUAAACAAACCAACUAGAUAACAAAAAAUACAUAAACAUACACAUUUAGACAAGGUACACCAAACAACAUGAUUAAGUUAAAAAAUGAAAUAUAACAUAACACAUCUCUAGAGGUCUAAGCGUCUACAUGUUAAACGACAGAAACCAAGUAAAACAAAUACCCGUACAAUACAGAUUAGAACUUUUAUCCAUACACAACGCGAGAUUGAGCAAAUUAGAAUUUUCAUGGAUCCAAUUGUAAAGGUUACUGUUUUCAAUUAGUUGCAGUGGGUUUAAAAUCCCUGAGGAUGCAAUGUAAGCAUUAACAAAGUAUAAGUUAACUAAUAAAAUGAAAAAGCAAAGUUAGCGUAGAAUGCAAUAUGAUACACAAUUUAAUCGAUACAUGCAAAAUAUUUAAUUAGAAUCGUAGUGGAUAGCUUCGCUGAAAGAAAGAAAAAAUAUGCCACCUUUUUUGGAAUCAUUAAGUUGUGAACAUAUAUAAUUGUUUAUAUUGUCCUAUAAAGAAUCGAUCAUUAUUGUUAUAAAUAAUUUGAUAUUAUUUUUAUUUAUUGAUGAACGUGCGUGUAUCAUUGCUGUAUGACAUGAUUAUUCUCUAAGAUGGUAUAAUUAUACAUUGUUCUAUUAUGUACAGAAAACGCUAAUAUUGAAUUUUCAGUCUAAAGCACUUAAAAGCAGCUGAACAGUUUUCAAAGUUUUAACUGAUAUCUGUAUAGCAGAAAGAAAGUCCUUAAUUUAUCCGUCCCAUUGAUUUUUUUUACACUGAAUGAGCUUGUCGCUUCCUGAUUUUGGUCACCAUUUCAUUCAUUCGUGUAGCGCGCUGCUCUUAGGAAGGUGCAUCAGACAGACAAUCUUACUGAAUCUGAACCAGUGGUCAUAAUUGCGACAGCAAUGCGUUUUAUGUGGAACUUUUUACAAGUUGUAUGGGAGCUGUGUCAAAAAUUCGGAGCUAAAAUUAGGACGGUUCUUUACAAUCUUUAUGCAGUUAAGCUUAUGAAGCUUUGUUUUUAUUGAGCGAUUAGUAAGUCAAGCAGCAAGAUAUAGCAAAAUCUGCGCGUAACAGGUGACACAGGAAGCCUAAGUUGAGAAUACAUUGAUUAU